UAGCUUUCUUUUUUAUAGAAGAAAAAAAAAGUAAUUUUCUCAAUUAGAUACCUAUAACACAUAUAUGGCUAAAAUAGCGAAACUAGAAGUUCAAGUGGAGCUCAAGUCCUCUGCCGAAAGGUUUUUUGAGAUCAUCAACUGCAAACAGCACCUUAUACCUAAAAUAAGCCCUGACAUAGUAAAGGACAACAAGUUAAUUAAAGGUGACUUGAAGUCGAAAAAUAAUAAUAAUACUUUCAUCGGCUUUGCCCUAUUACUGCUAGACAAAUCCGAGACUGCUAAACACAUGGUUGAAGAAUUAGAUGAGGAGAACAAGUUAAUCACUUUAAAGAUGAUUGAUGGAGACGUGAUGAAGUAUUACAAUAAUGUAAAGGCCACGUUUCAUGUCACUGGAAAUAUGGGCCAGAAAGGAAGCUUAGUUAAAUGGACUUUUGAGUAUGAGAAGAUGAACGACAAUAUACCGGACCCUACGAAGUAUGCGGAGCUUUCUUCAGUUAUUAUAAAAUCUAUUGAUGCUUACCUCAUAAAAAAUGCAUAAGUAGUUUACGAGCUACUUCUUAUGAUCCCUUACCAUGCGUAUCUAAAACUUAAAUAAAAUGCUAUGGGAAGCACUUAUCUUGACAAAUAUGUGAAAUAAUUGCUUCCAUUAGGUAAUGAUAUAUAUGGGUACGUAUGUGAUCAGCUUAAGUACAUCACGUACUGUUUUUAUGAAAUUCUCUACUUGAGUUAGAUUUUAUGAAAUAGUUAUUUUUAGAGUUCACUUACGUUCCGUAA